AUGGACAGAGAUGACUACCCUAUCAUGUUCAGCAUGAACUUUCAGUGUGGAACUUGCCAAUCUCCUCAGGCAGACAUUGCCUUGCACUUCAACCCGCGAUUCGAGAAGGGCGGCUAUAUUGUGGCUGUUAACGGGAAGCACUUUUUAGAGUUCAGGAUUCCCUUUACCAGAGUGGAUACAACUACAGUGUCUGAGAACAUGGAUUUGGAGCUCAUCAGUUUUGAGGUUACUAUACCAUACUCAGUUUCACUUCCUGGAGAAAUUUAUCCAACAAAAAACAUCACCAUAUCAGGGACGAUUCCACCCAGUGCUGAGCAAUUUCAUGUCAAUCUGAAGGCAGGUGACGACAUUGCACUUCAUGUAUACCUAAGGUUUAGAGAGAAAGUCAUCAUCCCCAACACCUCGCUGAACAGCUCGUGCGGGAAGGAGGAGCACACACUCCCCAGCAAAAUGCCACUCUCCCGGGGCAGAGCCUCACAAUUUGGAUCUACCGUGAUGCCUCAGUGCUUCAAGGUGGCCACAAACGGACAACACCAGUUUGAUUACAAGCAUCAGAUUCCUAAUCUGCAGCACAUUGAUACACUUGAGGUUUGCAGAGAUGUUACUCUGGCCCAGGUUCAUGUUUAG